AUGUCGAUUGGUGCUGCUGUUCAGGCCUUCCUCGUCCUUCUGUCUUCUGCUUUUAGACCUUUUAGGGUAAACAUAAUUCAGGGCGAUGAGGCUCUCUGGCUCUACCCCACUCAUGUGGGAGCCUCCGGCACUGGGUCUGCCCCUUUACUAACUGAUGAACAAUGCCAACAUGCCUAUGCAGAUGCUACACGGCAAUGGGGUCAUGACAAAUUGACUUGGCACAACAAUGCAACACACGGCAACAGAAACAGCCAUACCUGGAUCCUGACGAUCUUGUGUGUCAGGGUGAGAUUGCGUGACAGUCGAGGAGCACGGAAGGGAAGACUCGACGCCGGACGUGGUUCGUCGUGGAGCAUGGAAACGAAGCCUCCACACCGCGGGGCGUGUCCUGGGCGAUGUCGCGACGGGCUGGGAGCGGGACGGUACUGGUCGUGGUUGUGGACGGCGAUCGCAAAAGGCUUCACGCCCACGGUGAUCAUGACAGGCGGCGUGGACCGGCAAUGUUGCACGGGGUCACGGAUAGGCCGUCACGACUCCUCGACACGACGAUGA